AUGUAUUUAAGGUCAAUUUUUAAAUCAACAAUUCGAAAAAUGCAUAUUGAGUCAAUUCCUAUGAGAUGGGGCCAUGGUGACAACUAUGCCUACUUGGUUGUUGAUACACCUACAAAGCAAGCAUGGUUGAUUGAUUCCGCACAACCCGAUGAAGUUCUUGAGUACUUUAAGAAGCACAAGUCUGAUUUCCAUUUGAAAGCAAUUGUUAAUACACAUCAUCAUUAUGAUCAUUCUGAUGGGAAUUCAUUCUUCCACAAAAAGUAUCCAGAUUUGCCAAUUAUUGCAGGUAAGAAUUCGCCAUUGGUUACGUAUACGCCUUCUGAUAAGGAAAUACUCGAAUUAGGAGACGACCUAACAAUUACUGCCUUGCACACUCCUUGCCAUACACAAGAUUCGAUCUGUUACUUUGUGCAAGAUAAGAAAACUCACGAAAAAGCCGUCUUUACUGGAGAUACACUAUUUAUAAGUGGCUGUGGUAGAUUCUUCGAAGGUACAGGUCAAGAAAUGAAUUACUCACUCAAUCAAGUUUUGGCCAAGUUGCCCAAGGAAACUAAAGUUUAUCCAGGACAUGAAUACACCAAGUCAAAUGUGAGAUUUUCACAGACAGUGUUGAGAAAUGAGGCAAUCAAAAAAUUGGCUGAAUAUUGCGAGUCUCAUGAACAUACUACUGGUGAAUUCACUAUUGGUGAUGAAUUGCAAUUUAACCCAUUUAUGAAACUUACUGAUCCGCAGGUGAUUGACAGUACUGGAUUGACUAAACCCGAUGAAAUAAUGGAUAAAUUACGUACUAUGAAAAACAAUAUGUGA